AGAGAGAGAGAGAGAGAGAGAGAGAGAGAGAGAGAGAGAGGCGCACAAAACCCUAGCCCUCGCCGCCGGAUUCCCCGUCCUCCGCCCGCCGGAUUCCCUCUGCUCCGAAGGAGCCCGGGCCCUCUCGCCGCGCACCGGCUAGCCAUGUCUUCUCAGGUCGACAACCGCGGCCAAGCUGCUGGCAAGCGCGCGCGGACCGACGGUGGGCGGCGUGAGGACGACUGGGUCUGCCCCAGCUGCCAGAACGUCAACUUCGCCUUCCGCACCACCUGCAACAUGCGCAAUUGCAACCAGUCCAGGCCCGCGGACUAUACGAAGGAUAUGCAGAAACCUAUGCAGACUCCGCCCCACUUCCCCAUGUCUGGGGGAUACAUGAGCCCAGGGACGCCGCCAUCCAUGUACCUUGGUGGGGCUGCUCCUCCGUAUGGUGCCUCCCUCUAUGGCGGGCCUGCUUUGCCACGUUAUGGUAUCCCUCAGUUCCCUGGGGGUUCUGGAUAUCCAUAUGGCUAUGGUGGCCGCCUGCCAAUGGGUAGCCCCUAUGGCCCGAUGCAUAUGGCAGGGCCACCUCCAUAUUCCGGUGGCUCAAUGAUGGGGCCAGGAGGGAUGUAUGGGAUGCCCAUGGACAGAUAUAGCUUGGGCUUACCUGCUGGCCCUGGUGCAAUGGGAACAAGGGCCGGUUCCUAUUCAGAGGAAGGGUCCCAGAAGAAACCUGCAGGAGCUGGGCGCGAUAAUGAUUGGAAAUGCCCUAACUGCAACAACAUUAACUUUGCAUUCCGGACAGUCUGUAAUAUGAGAAAGUGCAACACACCAAGACCUGAAAACCAGGGGUCCAAACCUGAUGGUUCAAGGGGUUCAAAACCAAAGAUGCCAGAAGGUAGUUGGAAAUGCGAGAAGUGUAAUAACAUAAACUACCCAUUCCGCACAAAAUGUAACCGUCCAACUUGUGAGGCAGAAAAGCCAUUUCAAACAAACAAUGCAAAUGAUCCGUCUACAGAUCAGGACAAUCAGUUGUUGUCAUGUAAUAUUGUGAAGCUUUUAUCAAAGCUGCAACUUUCACAUGACUUUCAAGACAACAAUGAGCAAGCAAAGGUGGAUCUUUCUGGUGGCGCUGCUGGAGUACCAACAAGUUCGCACGCCCUGCGAAUGGCAGCUCUCAGUGAGUUGCAGAACAGCCUUAUGAGCUGACACCCAUUUGUAAUUUCCAAACAAGGUAAGAGCUUUGCUCCGUGUGGAUGUGCUUCUAUUAGGAGCAGCUGACGGUAUUGCAUGCAGUGAUCUAGCUAGCCAAGGAAGCCGGAGAUGGAAAUCAUCAUGUGAUGGGCCCCAGCCCCUUGUUGUAAGAAUGCAGAUCAGUCUAUUAUCUGUAUGGCAUCUGCGCACCGGAAGCAUAGUCGUUUUUUUGAACGGUCGAUUGCUUCUUACCUAAAAGCCUAAUACCAGUGUGAGGGUGUUCUUUUC